CAUUUGUCGUUUGCAAAAACCCAAAUGUCGUUUCGUGUGCAUUAAUUUCUUUUCUACAAAAUAUACAGAUGAAUAGAUGACGGAAAACUUAUUAGCCUUUUCAACAAGUUUAAGUUGUAUUCUUAUGUAUUAUUAACUGAGUAUUUCAUCUGCUGCUUUUGUUUCUGUAACCAAGAGAUAGGUACAGUUACUAUAAUUCUAGAAGCUCUCUGCACAACCAAACCUAACCAUGCCGCCAAAGAAAGCUGGCAAUGCAGCCGGCAGCAAGAAAACGGAGCAGAAAAAGAAAGAAAAAGUGAUAGAAGAUAAAACAUUUGGUAUAAAAAACAAGAAAGGAGCCAAGCAGCAAAAGUUUAUUCAGCAAGUUGAAAAGCAGGUGAAGAGCGGCGGCAUCCAUCCCGCCAAGCCUAUGGAUGAUAAGAAGAAGGAGAAAGAGCAAAAACUGAAGGAACAGAAAGAAAUGGCAAUGCUCUUCAAACCGGUGCAAACUCAAAAGGUUGAAAAAGGUACUGAUCCAAAAUCAGUGGUUUGUGCUUUCUUCAAGCAGGGCCAGUGCACAAAAGGAGACCGGUGCAAGUUCUCCCAUGACCUUACUAUUGAAAGAAAGGCCGAGAAAAGGUCUCUUUAUGUUGAUAUGCGAGACGACGAUACUAUGGACAAUUGGGAUGAAGAAAAGCUCAAAGAGGUUGUGGAGAAGAAACACGGAGAAGGCGACAAACAAAGACCUACCACUGAUAUUAUUUGCAAGCAUUUUCUGGAGGCUGUGGAGAAAUCGAAAUAUGGAUGGUUCUGGGAAUGUCCUUCCGGUGGGAAGUGUAUAUACCGGCACGCCCUACCUCCGGGCUUCGUACUGAAACGAGACAAGAAGAAGAUGGAAGAAAAGAAGAAUGAAAUAUCUCUCGUGGACCUAAUAGAAAGAGAGCGAGCUGCGCUAGGGCCGAACCAAACUAAGAUCACGCUUGAAACCUUCCUUGCAUGGAAAAAGAAGAAGAUUAAAGAUAAACAUGACGCCAAGAACAAGGCGGAAGAGCAGAAGCGUAGCGACUUUAAGGCCGGUCGGGCCGUCGGUCUGUCUGGACGAGAGAUGUUCUCCUUCGACCCAGCGUUGGCGGCUGAUGCUGAUGAGGACGGUGACGAGACCUUCGACCUGGCCAAAUAUGAUGAUGGAGAGGAACCGGACACGAACCAGUACAGAGAUAUUGAGCUGGAACUUAUGGGAUUGGAGGCUGAGGCUGAUGAUACCGGCACAAAAGCAACUGAAGACAGAUUGCAGCAGCUCGGUCGAGGUCUAGAGAACGGAGAGACGGAGGAGACUGGUGAAACUCCAGACACGGGCGGGGCAGUGCCCAUCAACGAAAACCUCUUCCUCGAUGAAGACCUAGACGAAGAACUACAGAACCUAGACCUAGAAGACUAAGUGUAUAUACAUUUUUUUUUAUUUUUUGUUUGUAACAUACAAAUUGGCAAGUAUUUUUGAUUUUACUAAGCUAAAAUAUUGGCGCUAAUAAAAAUGUAAAUAAAUA